CGCGCGCGGACUCGGACCCCGACCGGGCCGGGCACGGAGGCGUCAGCUCCAGUGCUGACUGAGGAAGUCUGGAAGGAGGGGGCGGGCAAGGCGAGGCCGGAGUCAGUGACACCCCCUCCUUCCCACGCUGCGAGCGCCCGGACGACAGGGAGAUGACGGCCGGGAGCCCCGGAGACUGCGUGGAGGUGCGGAGGAGCCCCGAGGGCCGCGUCUCCCGCCUGGGCCGCCGCCUGGGCCGCCGCCGGCGCCCGCGCUCCCCGCCGGAGCCGCUGCGGGUGCGGGCGAGGCUGCGGCUGCGCUCGCCGUCGGGGGCGUUCGCGGCUCUGGGGGCGCUCGUGGUCCUGGUGGGCAUGGGCAUCGCCGUGGCCGGCUACUGGCCGCACCGCGCGGGGGCCCCGGGGCCCCGGGCCGCCAACGCCAGCUCACCCCGGGUCAGCGAGCUGCGACGCGAGGGUCGCGGGGCGGGCCGCGCCCACGGGCCGCACGAGCGGCUGCGGCUGCUGGGGCCGGUGAUUAUGGGCGUCGGCCUGUUCGUGUUCAUCUGCGCCAACACGCUUCUGUAUGAGAACCGAGACCUGGAGACCAGGCGGCUCCGCCAGGGGGUGCUGCGGGCGCAGGCCCUGCGGCCCCCCGACGGCCCGGGCCGGGACUGUGCCCUCCUCCCCAGCCCCGGGCCCAGGACUGCCGGAGCCCUGGGCUGCGCAGAGCCAGAAAGUUGGGACCUGUCCCCGCAUCGGGGCACCUCGCCCGUCCCGUCAGUGCGGAGUCUGCGUUCAGAGCCUGCUAAUCCUCGCUUGGGGUUACCUGCCCUGCUCAACAGCUACCCGCUGAAGGGCCCGGGGCUGCCCCCACCGUGGGGUCCCCGAACCCAGCCUGGCCACGUGAUCAUCACAGUGCAGCCCUCUGGUUCCUGUAUUGAACAUUCCAAGUCUCUGGAUCUGGGACUUGGGGAGCUCCUCCUGGGGGCCCCAGCCGCUCGGGACUGUGCUCACCGAAGCUGGCCACGGCUGGACCGCCUCAGCCUGGGGGGGUAUGCCAAAUUGGGAGGAGGAGACUUGGGGGCCCGGGUCUGAGAAGCAGGCAAACACCUGCUAUGAGGCAGCACCAUGGGCCGUGGUUAACAGGACCGGAGGACCGGUGGUCCAAUGUCUAGUAGUAGCUGCUUCUGUCACAUCCCAGGUCAGGAUGGAUGCUCUUGACUCCCGCAGCCACUAAGGCCUCCUGACCCAUAUGUGGGCAGAGAAAUGCCGGCUGCACUGGGCUCAAUGAGCGGGCCAGGCGUGUUUUAAUGUGCAGUGCGGAGACCAGCAUGACUCGGCCUCAGGAUUGUCUUCUGCCUCUACCUGUGGCCUUAGCCCCGGACAGGUACCUGAGGGGGGUGGAGGUCCAGGCCAAGGUGAUCAGGAGAUGCAUGGGGUUUGUUUAAGUGGGGGGCAAGGACCCUUAAGACUUGGAAGGUAGGUUGGGAGGUUUCAUCUGCACUGGUGAUG